UGACGAAAAUAGCCUUGUAGGGUCUUAUAAAUGAAUAGCUAUGAACAUAUCUGUCCCUCACUCAUCUCAUUUUCUCAACUUAAUUAUCAAACAUUCAGAAAUAUGGCACUCAAUCAAGAGCUACAAGCUGUCACCGAAGCUUUCUCAGGACAUGGGGUGGAUGAGAAAUCACUAGUAACAUUACUGGGAAAAUGGGAUCAUCAAGAGAGAGAAACAUUCAGGAAGAACACACCACCAUUCUUCACUGAGGAUCAUGAACGAAAUUUUCAGAGAUGGGAUGAUCACUCUGUUCGUCUUCUCAAGCAUGAGUUCGUGCGUUUCAAGAAUGCUGUGGUACUUUGGACCAUGCAUCCUUGGGAAAGAGAUGCACGUUUAGUGAAAGAAGCACUUAAGAAAGGCCCAAAUGCAUAUGGAGUGCUGAUUGAGAUUGCAUGCACAAGAUCAUCAGAAGAGCUUUUGGGAGCAAGGAAGGCCUACCAUUCCCUCUUUGAUCACUCCAUUGAGGAAGAUGUUGCCUCUCACAUCCACGGCAUCGAACGAAAGCUCUUGGUUGCACUUGUGAGUGCCUAUAGAUAUGAAGGAUCAAAGGUGAAGGAUGACACUGCAAAAUCAGAGGCCAAAACAAUUUCCAAUGCGAUUAAGAAUGCUCAAAAGAAGCCUAUUAUUGAGGAUGAUGAAGCUAUAAGGAUAUUUGCAACAAGAAGCAAGCUACAUCUUCAGGCAAUUUACAAGCACUACAAAGAGAUAUCUGGCAAGAACCUUGAUGAGGAUCUUAGUGACUUAAGAUUUAAACAAACUGUGCAAUGCCUUUGUACCCCACAAAUAUAUUUUAGCAAGGUUUUGGAUGGUGCAUUAAAAAUUGAUGUUCAUAAGAAUACUAAGAAAGAUCUUACUCGUGUUGUUGUUACUCGAGCUGACAUUGAUAUGAAGGAGAUAAAGGCAGAGUACCAGAACCUAUAUGGUGUUUCUUUGACCCAGAAAAUUGAAGAGACAGCUAAAGGAAACUACAAGGAUUUCUUGUUAACCUUGGUUGCAAGAAAAGGCUAAUUGGAUAAAUUAAACAGAGGACAAAUUAACCCUGGUGGUCUUAUGAGAGAUGAAAUUCGGAUUUAAUUUUCUACCCUUGUAUUUUAUUUCAGCCCGAAUCCCUUUCAGUUGAUGCUUAUUUCUUAUUCACUGCAUGAUGCUUCUUCACCUUGUAUGGUUAUUGUCACAAAACAGAAAAAUAAAUGUUGUCAAAUAAAACCCUUUGUUAUCAUUUGA